GAACCUUUUGAAACACAGUUAAAUGACCAGGAGAAUCUGAUUAUGGCGGACCACUUUCUAGAAAAUCAGGAAUUGGCAGAAGCGGUAAAUGAGGCUAAGAGACUGGAACUUAGGAGAACAGUGAGGGGUCAAUUAUUAACAAGAUGUGGAACAGAAUAUUGGAUUGCAGUUCACAAGGAUGAAUGUGUCUCUUGCUACAGGCAUCCUGUAAUGCAAAGAGUUGAAUUAAGUAUGGGACAAUUCUGUCGAGAUUGUUUCAAGACUGUUAAAAUAAUGACUUGGGUUAAUGAAGAUAAGACAACAGAGCAUUACUUGACAACUUUUAAUCUAAUGGAACGCACUAAUGCUGCGUUAUUUCUGAGGUACCGAGAUAUACUCAAAAGGCUUCACCCAGAGGUUGAGGAAAUAUAUUAUGAUAUUGAUGGACACAAGGAUUGGACUAAAGAUAACAAAGACCUUGUGGUACAUGAGCUUCAUAGAAGUAAAACAUUGAAGAUUGUUAAACUCGAUGGAGUUUUUUAUCUCAUAGAGCUAAACAUUGAUGAUUGCAUCAAAAAGGAAAGGGUCGCAACUUCUGCCCCCCCAGUUCUCCAGAAGACUUCAAUGAUGACUGUGGCUCGUGGAGAAGUGCGUAAAAUGCAGGAGUCCAUGAUUCCGUUGAUUGGUAAUUGUAAACAAUGUAAGAUCAAUGGAAGGAGCCGCCAGUUCUUGUGUCAGAACUCUGAAGGAGAAUUGAUUGGUGCAUGCUACCAUGAGAUAACUGAUGGAAAAUUUAUAAAAGCAAAUUUUGGAGGCUAUCUGAACGUAGUGUUGCAAAGUGUAAAACAUUGGCCAGUGGGUGAUCAAGUAAAAGGAAUUAUAGUGGAAAGUAAUUGGGUAAGACCAAUACGCAAAGUUCCCUGGGUCAACAACUAUUUGAGUAUAUCUCAGCACAACAUUUUUACUAAUAGGGGUGAAAUGUACUUGAUGUUGAAAAAAUAUGAAAGGAGAGUUGGAAGAUAUCAGCCAUACUUAUGUUUGAAAAUGAGAACUUAAAGGCUGUAUAAUAUUGCAUGAAGGGGGUGUUGUGUAAGAUGCAAAUUAUCCAACCUUUAUAAGCCAAAUAAUACACCUAAUUUUAUAUGUAUUUCUUCUGAGCAAUAUAAACCUGUGGUUUGUUAUUUUAUACUCCUUUUACUAUGUUAAACUCUUUAUGUUACUUAAUACGCCUAGGGUGGCUUUGAUGUAAAGUAUUAUAAUCAUUGAGUUGGGAGUAUAUGCAUGACAGCUCUUAAAUUGCAUGUUUAAGGAGUGACACAAAUAUGGUUUUGUAUUUACUAGUUUAUUAAGAGUAGAGAGAUUGAUGCAUGUAUUAGAUAGAACAAAGCUUAAGGGAUAUAUUACAGUUUAAAGCAUGAUUUAAAGACCUGUCUUCGUGGGAGAAAGCGCAGAGGAGUUUGGAGAAGAACGACAAAGAGACUUCGUCAUAUAUUUAAGAUAUUAGGGGACUUUCCCAGUAGACGUAAGGAUCAAAGGCGUGCCAUGAGGCCCUGAAUAUGAUUCCUGGAAUUCGGACCCGAGACCGUGCCUAUAAAUUGAUGCUGGUGCAGAACUUAGGCAGAUCUGGAGAGCGAGCAGCAUCCAGCAUCUCCGUUGUCUGACAGCCUGAAAUCUUGUGUGCUCUAGACUUAGUACUUUUUAGACUUUGUAUUUUUGUCUUAUUACUUUUAGUUAACUUGGUAUUUCUUAUUUCUUUUCUUUUUCUUUUUAAUUUGGCAAAACUUGUAAUCGCAACUAGCUAAAUUGUAUUAAUAAAUUUUUUAAAA